GUUACAGUGACAAGUGGCAACCUAUAAGUGAUUAGGUUAUGUGUAGAAUUUUUUUAAAUUAAAUUUAUCAUAAAGUAGAUUGAGAUUACAAUGAAGGUUUACACAAAUAUCGGUAAUACCGGAACAUUAAAAGUGUUAAUAGCUGCCCACCUCGCGGGCAAAAGCGUGGAAAAAUGUCUCGCUACUUUCGAAGACGGCAUUUUCACAGGACCCCAAGCUCUGCCAUUGCUGGAAGUUGAUGACUUGCUGACUUUCUUCUCAAGUAAUGCCGCAGUACAGUACUUGUUUCCAACACUGGAUUUGUCUGAAAAUGGACAAUGUCAACAGAUGCUUGAGUGGGAAGCAACACGCCUCCAGCCUGCAGUAGCAGCCAUUGUCAGCGGCAAGUCUGUAGCUUCAGAUAUCCGACAAGCGCUACAGUCUUCUUUACAAAUGCUUGAUAAAUUACUCCAAAAGAACAAGUACAUUCUUGGGGAGAAAUUAUCAGCAGCGGACAUCUCCAUUUGGAGCACCCUGUAUCCCGUGUGUUUUGAUGAAGCCCUCAAACAAACUUACAUAUCUUGUUGUGAUAAUAUAGUUAGAUGGAACUCCAACUUAGCUUCUGCUAAAGCUAUACAGCACGCAGUUCAGCAAUGGGGAUGGUCACCAAAAGACCAGUAUGGAGCAUCUUCAGCACUUGGCAUUCCUCAGAUUGCCAGCAUUGUCUCUCCUAUUGGAUCACCAGAUGAAGAUCCGGCUGCUGUAGGAGUUAGUCCGGAAGAAGUGGAUGCGGCGAAGGAGGGAUGGAUCAAUGGAGUAAAGAAUAUGCAAGCACCAAUACAACAUGAGAAAGUUGUGUUACCAUUGAAAGAUCGUAAGAACGUACUGAUAACUUCAGCUCUACCUUAUGUCAAUAAUGUACCGCAUCUUGGCAACAUUAUUGGUUGUGUUCUCUCUGCUGAUAUAUUUGCAAGGUAUUGUCGACAAUGUGACUACAACACACUGUUUAUAUGUGGUACAGAUGAAUACGGUACAGCCACAGAAACUAAGGCUUUGGAAGAAGGUAUAACACCUCGAGAGAUCUGUGACAAAUACUUUGACAUUCACAACGCUGUGUAUCGCUGGUUUGAUAUCGGCUUUGAUUACUUUGGACGAACCAGCACAAAGGAACAGACUGAGAUAGCACAGAAGCUGUUUCUUAAAUUGAUUGACAACGGUUUCGUCAGCACGCAGUCCGUCGAACAGCUGUAUUGUGAGAAAUGUGAGAGAUUCUUAGCUGAUAGGUUUGUGGAAGGUGUAUGUCCACACCCUGGCUGUCUGUACGACAGCGCGCGCGGGGACCAGUGUGACAAGUGUGGCAAACUCAUCAACGCCAUUGAACUGGUGGAGCCCAGGUGUAAAGUCUGCUCGCACAAGCCCACAGUACGCCCCAGUGAACAGCUCUUCAUUGAACUGGGACAGUUGGAGCCAUCACUUCGUACAUGGAUCAGUUCUGCUGAGCAGGGAUGGUCUGCGCCUGCGCGCGCAGUGAGCCGCGCCUGGCUGCGCGACAGUCUGCGCGCGCGCGCAGUCACACGCGACCUCAAGUGGGGCGUACCUGUACCUAUUGACAAACACGCACAUAAGGUGUUCUACGUGUGGUUUGAUGCUCCAAUUGGAUAUAUGAGCAUAACUCAAUGCCUCACAAAGCACUACGAGAAGUGGUGGAAACCAGACAAAGAUGUUGACGUAAAAUUGUAUCAAUUCAUGGCUAAAGAUAAUGUUCCGUUCCACGUGAUAAUGUUCCCGGCGACAGUGAUCGGUGUCAACGAGGGACACAAACUUGUCGAUCAUAUAUUUGCUACAGAGUAUUUAAAUUAUGAAGAGGGUAAAUUUUCAAAAUCAAGAGGAGUCGGUGUGUUUGGGACUGACGCUCAGGAAACCGGAAUACCUUCAGAUGUAUGGAGGUUUUACUUGACUAGCAUACGACCAGAAACAUCAGAUUCCAGUUUUAGUUGGGUAGAACUUGGUACCAGGAACAACUCUGAACUAUUAAACAAUUUAGGCAACUUCUGUCAUCGCUCGCUCAGUUUCUGUGCAAACUCGUUCAAGGGCAAAGUGCCGGAAGUCACUCUCACUCCGGCUGACUUAGAACUUAUUGCUCUAGUCAACAGGGAAGUUAUAAGUUAUGUACAGAAUAUGGAGAAGGGUCGUCUGCGCGAGUCGUUGCGGCAUGUACUGAGCGUCUCCCGCCUCGGCAACCAGCACAUGCAGGCGGAACAGCCAUGGGUACUGCUCAAGGGAUCCGAACAGGAUAAGGUGCGAGGAGCGACGGCGAUAGGUCUGUGUUGUCAGUUGGUGGCGCUACUGUGCGCGCUACUAGCGCCAUUCAUGCCUCACACAGCGCGUCGGCUGCGGGAACAACUAAAUAUAGAUGCAGUAGCAUUAAGAAUCAAUCCGCAGAAUCCAUCAUUAGUGCAGUACUUGCCGGCUGGUCAUAUUAUUGGCAAGCCGGAGCCGCUCUUCUCUAAGAUAGAACCCGAGUUGUUGGAGAAAUUGAGAGCCAAGUAUGCGGGAACACAGAGCGAUAGAGCUAAGCAAAAUGGCGAUACCAAAUCUUCGCCAUCUAGAGGAUCCGUUGCAGAGCUUGAAGCAGCUGUAGAGGAACAAGGUAACAAAGUAAGACAAUUGAAAGCAUCUACAAAAGAUAAAGCGGUGUGGCAACCAGAAGUCAAUAAGUUAUUGGAUCUGAAAAAGCAGCUGGAAACAGCCAAAUCUGUGCCAAAAGAGGCCACAGCUACGUCCAGUGAAAGUGUUGCCAGCUUGGAAAAAGCUAUAGCUGAACAGGGUGAUAAAGUGAGAAAGUUAAAAGCAUCAACAAAAGACAAAGGUGUGUGGCAACCCCAAGUAGACAAGUUGCUGCAGUUGAAAAAGCAACUGACAGCCGCGCAGGCGCAGACCAACGCUGCCAGUAGUAACAAUAAAGACGAUGUUGCCAGCUUAGAAAAAGCUAUCACUGAACAGGGCGACAAAGUUAGAAAACUUAAAGCAUCUACAAAGGACAAAUCAGUUUGGCAACCGGAAGUCAACGUGUUGUUAGAUUUGAAGAAACGUCUGGCGGCAUUACAAAUUAAAUAAAUACAAUAGUAGUGUGCGUCACAAGUGUCACUGAGUUCUGGUGUAAAGUAUACAUUGAGCAAUUGAGACUAAAG